AUGGCGAUUGGGAAUUUCACGCUGAGCUAUAUGCUCUUCACAAUCCUCCACUUCUGCCAGUUUGUCCUCGCCAUUGCCGUCUGCGCUCUCUAUGGCGUCGAACUGGACCGCGCCCGCAAGGCGAACGUGAGCGGUGAUUCCAAAUGGAUCUACGCAGAAGUAGUAGGCGGCCUCUCCGCCCUGACAGCCCUCCUCUACUGCAUCCCCUACAUCCUCCGCUUCGCCGCCAUCUGGGUCUGGAACCUCGUGCUCUUCAUCCUCUGGAUCGUCCUCUUUGGCAUCUUUGGCAAAAUGUACAUCAAUGAGAACCCAGAGGGCAACCACGACAUUGUGCGCAUGCGGAGCGCCGUCUGGGUCGUCCUUGCCAACGCCAUCCUCUGGCUCGUCAGCUUCAUCGCCAACCUGACCUACUGGUGGAUGCACAAGGAGAGGAGGAGCAGGUUUACCAGCCGGGCCAAGGUUUAG